AUGACCGAACCUCGUGCCUUCCUUCAACAAUUGAAAUCGACUUCCGUACAUCUUCCAGACUUUGCAGACUAUCUUUCCCGGCUUUCCAAUACAAUAUACCGGCGGAUACGGACCAAAUCGGCAAGAAAGAGAAGUAUAGAGGCAGAGCCCACCAAGAAAAAGAAACCGCUAACAUAUUGCAAAGAAAAUUUGAAGGCAGAAAUGGAGCGUCUAGGGCCCACGAUAGCUCUUCCUGCAAAAGCACUAGAUAUGAAAGAGCCUGCUGUCAAGGUUGCGGCGCUUGCACCUACACCGCUUGUCAGCAGCAACUCGCGCGCAUUGCGCAGCGCCUAUCUUCUACACCCAGAUCGCAUAACGGGAGAUUUUGACGCACAUCGUUUCGAAGCCGCAGCACAUGGCCAACUUGUCUGCCGCGACAUUUCGACGUGUAGCGCCAAUCCGGCUCUUUCACCUACGACGCCAGACUCUCGUUCUGAGGUAGCAGAUGAAGGGAGGAGUCGCUCGGACCUACUCAUUUCUUCGCCAUACAACAAGCCAAAUCACUAUCUAGAUCUGACGUCUCCCUCUCUCCCGCUGCAAUCGGUGCUCUUGGCCCUGGCACUCACAGCGCUACAACCCGUGGUGCCUACGUACGCCACGGCGCCGUACACAGCAGCACUGAACCUCGACGCCGUGCUAGACGUGUUGCGAGCGCUUGCUAGAAGCGAAGGCGUGCAAUGGCAGGAGGCGAAAUUCUAUGUCGUUGUUUUUCGGAGCAGACUCAAAGAGCGCAUCGACAACGACUAUUUAUACAAGCUGGACGAGGAGAGCCAUGCAGAGGCUUGUGCGUCGGGCGGUUUGCUAAAGUAUUGGUUUGGAAAGAGCGAUGCUGAAAGGAGAAAUCUGGCUACCUGUUUCUGGCAUAGCAGGGAAGAUGCGUAUAGAGGUGGGCUAGGGCCGUGGCAUAAGAAGGCGAGGGCGGCUGGAAGGGAGUUGUAUGAGAACAUUACGUUUAGUACACACUGGUUUACAGUGCUUGAUGAGGUAAAGGGCUACAAGUUUGAGGACUACUAG